AUGUUAAUUUGGUUUAAUUAUCAUUUACAUAUUUUUCUUAUUUAUAUUUCAAUACGUAUUUCAAGUGAAGAUAUAUCUAGUGGUUGGCAGUCAUUCAUUCAUUUCUCUAGUUCAGGAUUUGAAUUCUCUCCUAUUGAUAUGGAAGCUCUUUUCUUACAGCAGACAACCGCGGAUUCUGUGGAAAUAUGUAGUCAGAUGUGUCAUACAACGGUACUUUGUCGCACAUUUGAUUUCGAUAUUGUAUCACGUCGUUGUCGAAUCUUUCAAGGUGAUUUAGACACUACAGGAUCAAUUAUUUCUUCGUCAUUAUCUCAAUCAGUUGUUGGAUCUAUCGAACUUGAUUCAACGCAGUUCGAUAGUUUUGGUAAAUCAUGUUUAUUUUGUCAAGGAAGUCGAUAUUUAAAAUGUAUCAAUUCAACAUGUCAAUGUCAAUCAAAUACUUAUUUUGAUGGAUCAAUUUGUCGAAGUCAAAAACUACUAGGAAGUCAAUGCAUCAAUGAAACAGACUGUCGUACAGAUCUCAAUUAUACUUGUUUACCACGUCUACAAUGUGGUCCAUUGUCUCUUCAAAAUGGUAGUACUGUUGCUGGAUAUGGAAAUGGUACAGCAGGUUCAGAUAAUAAUGCUCUCAAUAAACCAUGGGGAUUAGCCAUGGGUAUUGAUAAUUCGCUCUACGUCUGCGAGUAUGGCAAUAGUCGAGUCAUGCGAUUUCACGAAGGUUCGACAUUAGGUAUACGAGUUGCAGGUUCAGCUAGUGCAGGUACUGGUUCUAAUCAACUUUAUGAACCAUCGGUGUUGUAUGUUGAUGCAUCAUCAAAUAUUUAUGUGGCUGAUGACAUAAACUAUCGUGUAAUGUUCUGGGCCAAUGGAUCAUUAAGUGGCACCAAAGUAGUUGGAACAGGUUCUUACGGAUCAUCACUAAAUGCAGUAGCUGAUGUCUUUGGAAUCACUGUUGACUCCCAUGGAAAUAUUUAUGUAGCUGAUACAAUGAAUCAUCGAGUAACAAAAUGGAUUCCAGGUGCUACAGUAGGUAUAGUUGUAGCAGGUCAAAAUGGUAUAUCAGGUAGUCAAAGUAAUCAACUAAGUUAUCCAGGUGGACUCUUUCUCGAUGAAAUCCAUUCGUAUCUUUAUAUUGCUGAUGCUGGAAAUAAUCGUAUUCAAAGAAUAACAUUGGGUGGUUCAACAAAUGCUACUACUGUUGCAGGCGGAAAUGGGCAAGGAUCAAGUAACAUGCAGUUGAACAAUCCCAGAAGUGUGUAUGUUUCAAAAACUACAGGUGCCAUAUACAUAGCCGAUGAAGGCAACUAUAGAGUUACAAAAUGGGCUGUUGGUGCAACAAAGGGAGUAACCGUGGUUGGCGUUGAUGGACAAGCAGGAAGUUCUCCAAUGUUAUUCGGUGAUCCAACAUAUGUCAUACUUAAUCUGAACGAAACUCUUCUCUAUGUUUCUGACUAUGUUAAUCAUCGUGUGCAAAGUUUUAAACUCAUAUAA